CUCUCUCUCUCUAAACCAACACCCUACUAUGGCCUCCACUGCACCACCACAAUCUCUCUCUCCUCCCAACAACACCGACCUCCAAGCCCUCCUCCACGCUGCACGGCCUUUCCUGCGCGGCGAACUUGAGGUCGUCGACCCACGCCUCCCCUCCCUUGUGGCCACCCUCCGCUCGGCCGGUGCUGGGGAGUGCUGGCACAAGAACGGCCGCUUCCUCGACCACCUCCUCGCCAUGUACCGCAUCCUUCGUCUCUGGGGGGCCCCUGACGCCGUCUCCCUCUGCGGCCUCUACCACUCUGCCUACUCCAACUCCUACGUCGACCUGGCCAUUUUCGAACCCAACGCCGGCCGUGACGUCGUCCGCAGCCACGUCGGCAAUGCCACUGAGCGCCUCAUCCACCUGUUCUGCACCGUCCACAGGCCAACCCUUAUCCUCGAUGACCUGCUCUUCCGCUAUGAUGACUCGGAGCUCAUCGAGCACCUGAAGCUCUCAGAGACGUCCCUCCGGAACGCCAAGGAGAAGGGAGUGUUCAGAGGCGACGAGGCGUGGCGGCAGAAGGUCCAGUCGCUGUUGCCCGCCGAGGGGAUAAGGGUGAAGCACGUAGACACGGGAGAGGACGUGCUCGUUUCGAGGAGGGUGGGGGCGGUUUUCUUGAUGAUGACCAUGGCUGAUUUCAGCGACCAGUUCUUUGGGUUUCAGGACAUGCUGUUGGAGAACAGCGACGGGCGGUUGGAGUUCACCGGGAACAAUUUCUGGGCACUGUGGCCAGGGGACGGGAAGCCCGGGCUCUGGAUGAACUCAGUAUCGAGGAUGGGCGCGAUCUACAUGCUCGUAGUGAGAGAGGAAGAGAUCUUCACGCUGGAGAAGAGGAAGAGCCAAGGCAACGCCGACUCCGAGCCGCCAUCAGCAGAGCGGGACGAGGACAUCGAGCUGGUGGUGCCGCCGGUGUUCGAGUCCUGCACGCGGGUGCUCAGCGCGAGGGACCAGAUCGAGGCGAGGGACAAGUACUGGGAAGCAGUGAGCGACAUGAGCAAGUUCGGAGGGGCCGAGCAUUACGACGCGGUGGAGCGGAGCCUGAGGGAAACCGUAGAGAAGAACCCGUUCGUCGGGGAGCCGCGGGUGGUGCUGGGGCAGCUAUAUCUUGGGAAAGGGCGGUACGAGGAGGCGGAGAGGGAGGCGGAGGCCGGGCUGAGGCUGCUGCUGGGGUGGGGGAGUUCCUGGGACAAGAGGAUGCCCUGGGAAGUGUGGGUGUCCUGGGCGAGGGUGCUGUUCAUGAAGGCCAGAGAGAAGUCGUGGCCUAACACUUCUUUUGGGAUUCUCGCUCUAGGGCUCGUGGGGUGAUUUGCUAAGGUUGU